GCUUUGCAUGUGAUGUUGCGUUAAGGAUUCUUCAUGUUUGAAAUUGAUGCAUUUGCUGAACAGACGGUGUGAAUGAGAGGUGAGCAGCAUGCAAGCUCCCUUGAUGCAGAUUGCAUCCAGUAUCUAGAUUGAAAUUGAUUUUUGGGGGGAAAUCAGCCACUGAUAGUGUGAUUGGUUUUGGAUGAGUUUUAGGGUCUUUGAGAAACCAAGAUAAAGAAAUAUAAAAUAUCAGGGCAGAAUUCCCCCCACAAUAGAAGAUUUUAGGACAUUGUGAGCUACAGGUAUGUUUCAAAGAGAUAGUUACCCUCUAAACGAAAAUGCAGUCUGUGCAAAAAUCGGAAACAGUCGCGUAUAAUAAAGUGUGACAACUAGCCCCGUUUAUCUGCUGAUGUGCGGCUUUGCGCGCAGACUGCUGAGCUGAAACUAAACAGACAGUGAUGUAGGUGCGCAGUGAGGAUAAGGAUGAUGCCUCAUAUUUCACUGCUUUGGUCUUUCAAGUGAGGUAAUACUUGCCCACGUGCGCGUAACGUGUCGUUCAGUGGGAGUGGUCACGGUAGAUGGAGAAACACCGUGUCACAUCACAGACACACGGUGACCGGUCAUGUCCAAACCCGCCAGAGCUCAGUGACCAAUGCAAUAGCCAUGCGUCUGACUACAUUAUAAUAAAAUCACUUCAAAAGCAAUAACGAGCACAUGCGUAUCCAAGACGACUCGUGCCGAAUUAUUUUCUUUUUUUUAACAAGGCUCACCUGUUGAGAAUGUGUACAUUGCACGAAUCAGUUCAAGCUGAGAUUGUUAAACACUGCGCGCAUAGUGUGCGCGUUUUUGCUCACGGGACCGUUGGGUUUUGGUGAUGCGCAUAUGUGUGGCGGGUCUCAGUCUGCUCGUGGUGGCAUACCGUGACAGUGCACGUUUACCGGAGCGUCGAUCUAUGCACCCAUCCAUCCGCGCGUCCCCCGGGAAACAGAUGGACACACCGGCGCCCGGACCUGUUGUAAGUGUGAUUGAGUUGGUUCAUGUGACCGUGCGAUUGUCAUGUCGGUAAAACGGUCACUUGUUGUAAGCGCAACGUGUCGAUAGAUUCACGGGAGUAAGCUAAGUGAGUCUCUCUUGGGUUUCGGAGCAUCAGUCGUGCGCUGCGCGUCUCCGCCGCUCAUCAUAUGAUGAUGCGUGUUCACGGGUCCUCCUCCGGUAUCACCGGCAUUACUCACGGACCGGCGGAGUGAGCGAGCGGAGAUCUCCAGGAUAGGCAGCUUAAUAUGAUCCUCAGAUGAGAAGGUCGUGGAAACUUUUUUUGGAAAAUGUUAAGAGGAGCUUCACCUCUCGUUUGGAUAUUUUCAUCGUCACGACAAUGAGUUUGUUUGAAUAUGCCAGAGGAGGAACAUUAAGUUAACAGGUGCGUAAUCGUUAUACAGUGUAGCAUGAUUCCCAGUGGCUUCUGGCACCUUCUCCAGUUCAGAAGCUCUCUGGAGAUCGCGGGGAGAGCGCGUUAGUUGAUGGCACUGUGCGUCGGGAGGACUUUGGUUUGGUUCGGGCAGGUUUUGCGCAGAGUCUCACGGCUGCAGGGUUUGUGGUCCCGGCGCUCCAGCAGUCUGCUGUGUCUCUCCACCAGCCAGGAGCACGAUCAGGGGACCUGUUACAGCCGCAAGCAGUGUCCAAAGAGUCAUCAGCAGCAGCAUCAUCAGCAGCAGCACUCGCGGGUCUGUCCCUAUCCGCCCUUUCCCGACUGCUGCUGCGCCUUCCCGGGGGAUACGAGGGGACAUGAACCCCUCAGCCGGCGGUUCCUGGUGGCCAUGAAGAGGCAGAACGUGCGGACGCUGUCCCUCAUCGUCUGCACGUUCACCUAUCUGCUGGUCGGUGCCGCCGUGUUUGACGCGCUGGAGUCGGACUUUGAGAUGAGGGAAAAGGAGCAGCUCGAGGCUGAGGAGAAGAGACUCCAGGGCAAGUACAACAUCAGCGAGGACGACUAUAGAAAGCUGGAGACAAUCAUUAUGGAGGCCGAGCCGCACAGAGCUGGGGUCCAGUGGAAAUUUGCAGGGUCCUUUUACUUCGCCAUCACAGUCAUCACGACUAUAGGUUACGGUCACGCAGCUCCAGGCACAGAUGCCGGAAAGGCCUUCUGCAUGUUUUAUGCGGUUCUGGGGAUCCCGCUCACCCUGGUGAUGUUCCAGAGCCUCGGAGAACGGAUGAACACAUUCGUGAAGUACCUGCUGAAGCGCAUCAAGAAGUGCUGCGGGAUGCGCAUCACGGAGGUGUCCAUGGAGAACAUGGUCACCGUGGGCUUCUUCUCCUGCAUGGGAACGCUCUGCAUUGGAGCGGCUGCUUUUUCCCACUACGAAGACUGGAGUUUUUUUCAGUCGUAUUACUAUUGCUUCAUAACGCUCACCACUAUCGGCUUCGGGGACUUCGUAGCCCUUCAAAAGAACAGAGCGCUGCAAAGAAAGCCGGUGUAUGUGGCGUUCAGCUUCAUGUAUAUCCUGGUAGGGUUGACGGUGAUCGGGGCGUUCCUCAACUUGGUCGUGCUACGUUUCCUGACCAUGAACAGCGAGGACGAGCGGCGGGACGCCGAGGAGAGAGCUUCCCUGGCGGGAAACCGCAGUAGCAUGGUCAUCCAUAUCCAAGAGGACACGCUCCAGAGGAGUCGACGGAGACGAGAGCAACAGCAGCAGCAGCAGCGCUACAGAUCAGAGGUCACCGACCUCCAGUCCGUUUGCUCCUGCAUGCACUACCAUUCGCACGAGUUCGGGAGCUCGGUCGGUCUCGGCCUGGCCAUGGGAGGAGGACCGUUUCAUAACCAGAACUCGUUCGGCUCGCAGCUGAGCCCGCACCAAUACUACCACUCCACGGUGUCGUACCGCAUCGAGGAGAUCUCGCCCAGCACGUUGAAAAACAGCUUCAUACCUUCUCCCAUCAGCUCCGUUUCACCCGGGCUGCACAGCUUCACGGAAAACCUCCGACUGAUGAGAAGACGCAAGUCCAUCUGAGGAUCAAGAUAUCACGCGUAUCCAAUGCUGCUGAUCCACGACACAUCAUUCCUGCACUUUGUCUUCAUUUCGUGGCUCUUACGAGAUUACAAAUACACAGGAGUGAGGACAUUUUUCCGCUUGAUGGAUAUACGCGUGACUUGUUAGAAUUUACAGUAAGGGUUUGAAAAGCAUGAAGCAUGGAUCUCUAUUUUUGCAGAAAACAUUGCCAGGGCCUUCUUCUUCGCCCUGUUGAGCAGCCACCCGAAAGUGGGUUUGGAUACAAUAACAUGACUCUGAUAUCAUAUAAGACGAUGUACACUUGAGUUUUGAAUAAUACAGAGGGAUAAAUAUAUAUAUAUAUAUACAUAUAUAAAUAUAAUUUUUUAAGGGGCGUAUGAAAAUGUGGGUUUUAUCAUACGGUGAGCAGCCUCUUGUUCUUUGGGAGGUUCAAGUGCCACAUCACCGAAGGAUAUUUAAAGUUAUAAACUGCUUGAAAAGGACUACACAGUAUCAGGUAUUGUUUUCUAUAAGCAAUUCUAUUUAAGAAAAUACGACAUGAAUUCACAUCAUGCCAAAAUAUUGUUGCCGACAAUAGCAUGUGCAUUAGUUGUCGUUCGAUGUGCGUCACCGUUUCCGUUCCCCCUUUCCGUUUGAUUUCGAUUGAGACUGAACGUUUUUGUAAAUGAUACAUGUGGUAGAGACACUUUUCAAGUGCGUCGCUGAUGAGACGAGAGACGGCAAAAGUCGGUCACGAAGGAGAAUUGCAUGUGCUUCGUUUAAACUGGUAUGCAUAUACUGUCAAAAAGGAAAGCGAUGGCUAGCUUAGCGCUGGUUCCGAUACAAAAAGCAAAUAAUCCUUUAAAGUAUUUUUUGAACUUUUGCCUCUAAAAUGUCCAGUAAUCCAAACAUAGCCUACAUACGGUCGAACACGUGAUCUCAAGGGCCUUCAAUAAAGACUCGUGAUGGAAAUAUGACAUCACGGGUGAUUGUUUAUAUACACGGCAGCACGUUGACUUAUCUAUUACUGCGUUGUGAACAGAAUCAAAUGUAUUAUGUAUGCUAACUGUAGCAAUGAUUGCUUUUCUCUCAGCCAUAACCAUGGCAUUUAUCUGAAUGAAAAUGAUUUAAAUGCAUCAAUAAAGACACCUAUUUAUGUAUUUUACACGUUUGAGAUAUGGUUCGAAAAUGCCCUGACUAUUAAAUGGUACUUUAUGGCCCUAAAAUUUAUUGGAAAAUGCAGUGGGUCUGUUUUAGGUGAAUAGGUUUUGUUCAACUACUAAAAUGCAUCUUUGACAUCAGUAAACAAGCAAUUCUGUCACUUAUUUUACAACUUUAAUCUAGGUCUUUUUAAGUAAAUCAUCGAUCCAAAUUGUCAAAAAAAAAAAAACAUUUUGGGAUUUUCAUUGAUAAGAUCCAGCUUCCAUUUCAUUGAGCCAAAUUUUUAAAGAUUAAACAGAGGGUUAUAAUUUUAUCUUUAUGUGAAAACCUUUGCAGACAGACAGUCUGGGUGAUACAGUAUUGGAAAUGAUUUCAUAUAGACAGACGGUAAUAAAUGUGACACAAAAUGUGCAUCAAUUCAUUAUUAAACAUUAGCCCAAUGCAUUAGGGUUUAAGUUGAAACCCUGCUUUAUUCUUGAAAAUAAAUUUUGAAUUAUCAUGUUGAUUAGUUGGAUAUGGAAAUAAAUGAAGAGGAAUUACUGCGAGAGACUCCAGCGGGAUUUCUUCAUUCCUGUGCAGGGUUUUUCCUAAUACCAAUCAACUCCAUAUCUGACAUUCAAAGCAUACGUGCAGCACUCAUGUAAAUUUAUGUAAAUCGCUACCAUUUUAUAAUAUUGUACAGUGCAUAUAUUGUAAGUAGUUAUAUCAAUAACAAAGGCAUAUUUUAAACUCAUUUUUACUGCAUUCAGCUUACUGUAUGUGCCUUGAAAGGGGUAUCGUUCAAACGUGGAGAUUAUAUUUCAUUAAGGCACAUACUUAAAAAUCAUAUUCAAAUGUACAAAUCUUUUAUCAAAUCAAAAGUUCCCUCGUGCAGUCACAUGAAAAAACGUUACGCCAGAUAAAAACCAAAGCAACUGUUCGUUAUAAAUGUCGCACCCCAAAUGACGCACAAGAUAUAUUUUUUGCAUUAAUACGACACUGUCUGAAAUACGUCAAUUGUUUUUAUUUGAUCAGCUGUCACCUUAAGUAUUUAGUCAGGGCAGAAUAACAUGUAUUUAUACAUUCAUAAGCUGUAUUGAUAUAUUAUAUGUAAUAGCCUGAUGACACCUAAUUAUUCAAGACUGAAAGAUCUUAUGUAUGUAUGGAAUAGAGGAAAUGUAAUAAAUGAUUAUGACAAGAAAUCGACUGCUGUGGGUGACAAUGACAUCUGCUUGCAAGAUAAAAAUUUUGUACACUGAAAAGAACACUGGUUGCAUUAAAAUUAUUAGUUUUUAAAAACUUGUUGGAAUUAUAUUGCCCAUAAUUCAAUUAUAUACACCAGUUCAGCAUGAUUGAAUCAAGUUUUCCUAAAAUUGAAUUAAUGUUAAUUUAAUUGAAUUAUGUGGAACCUGUGUCCACUGGAAAAAAACACUGGUUGCACAUGAUUAAAUAAAGUUUUCUUAAAAUAUUUUUUUUAAUAAAGUUGUUGGAUCUACAAAAUUAAAUUAUUUACACCAGUUCAACAUGAUUGAAUCAAGUUUUCCUAAAAUUAAAUUAAUGUUAAUUAUUUUAAUUAUGUGGAUCCUGUGUCCACUGGAAAAAAACACUGGUUGCACAUGAUUAAAUAAAGUUUUCUUAAAAUAAUUUUUAAUAAAGUUGUUGGAUCUACAAAAUUAAAUUAUUUACACCAGUUCAACAUGAUUGAAUCAAGUUUUCCUAAAAUUAAAUUAAUGUUAAUUAUUUUAAUUAUGUGGAACCUGUGUCCACUGGAAAAAAACACUGGUUGCACAUGAUUAAAUAAAGUUUUCUUAAAAUAAUUUUUAAUAAAGUUGUUGGAUCUACAAAAUUAAAUUAUUUACACCAGUUCAACAUGAUUGAAUCAAGUUUUCCUAAAAUUAAAUUAAUGUUAAUUAUUUUAAUUAUGUGGAACCUGUGUCCACUGGAAAAAACACUGGUUGCACAUGAUUAAAUAAAGUUUUCUUAAAAUAAUUUUUAAUAAAGUUGUUGGAUCUACAAAAUUAAAUUAUUUACACCAGUUCAACAUGAUUGAAUCAAGUUUUCCUAAAAUUAAAUUAAUGUUAAUUAUUUUAAUUAUGUGGAACCUGUGUCCACUGGAAAAAAACACUGGUUGCACAUGAUUAAAUAAAGUUUUCUUAAAAUAAUUUUUAAUAAAGUUGUUGGAUCUACAAAAUUAAAUUAUUUA